AAUGUGCCAAACACCCUUCCCUUUUCAGGCCCAGGCGCUGCAAUCUGGCGCGCGAACGGGCAGCGCUCGGAUGCCGGCUCCUAACCGCCCGCUCGGAAGCGCAGUCUGGCUCGGGAGGACUCGAGACGCGCCCCGGCUCGGUCCGCCGGGAAGGUGGCCGUGCUCCAGGCCUUGCCGGACUAGGAGGUAGACGGGGAGGCGGACGAGACCAAGUGCCAGCCUGGAGCGGGGAGGGGGCUGCGGGGAAGGGUUGGAAAGAGUCUAUGUUAGCAAGUCUCACACCAUGCUUUUACCACGUUUCUGAUUAAAGAUUGACAUUCCUGCAUAAGCAUUUUCCUGUUACAAUGUCCUUGCCCCUUACAGAGGAGCAGAGGAAAAAGAUUGAAGAGAAUCGACAAAAGGCUCUGGCCCGUAGAGCCGAGAAACUAGCAGAACAGCAUCAGAGCGCAGGAUCGGGCUCCUCCAUUGCGGCCCUUUCUUCCCAGUCCCAGCAGGGUCCUUCUCACAGUCUCCCCAAGGAUUCUUCGAAGCCAGUGAGCCAUGGUGUCGUUUUCAAGCAACAGAAAACCAGUGGUUCAUCUCAUGGUGACCAAAGACCUCACAACCCCCACAGUUUUCAUCCCAGCAUUCUGGAGCAGGCAAAGGGGACCUGGAAGAGGCCAGAAGAGAUGCCCACAGCCUGCCCACACCACAGCCCACCAAGUCAAGUGACUCUCGCUGGGAUCUCCCCUCCCUUGGCACAAAGUCCGCCAGAGGUUUCCAACCAGCAGCUCGUGGGUCAAGGUCAUCCUCAGGUUUCCCACGGGGCCAAAUCGACACCCUUUGCUAACUCAACUCAUGAGCCUUUGGCCAAAGCAAAGAGUUCCCAGGAUACACCAGCUUCCUCCUCUGGACAGCUCCCCAGGGAAGCUCAGUUAGAGGCCACGGCAGCCAGACCCUCCACCUCGGGGCAGGACAUUUCUGACGUCCACUGUGGCUCUGGGAGUGUGAUGCCCGGGACCGAAGGCAGACUCCCACAGAAAUUGGGGGCCUCACCUCGCAAAGCAGUAAGCUCCCAGGAGGGAACAUGUGUAAGGGAUGGAGACCGUUUCCAGGUGAAGAUUGGGUACAACGCAGAGCUCAUUGCCGUGUUCAAGCGUCUGCCCAGCAGAAAUUUUGAUCCUGACACCAAGAUGUGGAACUUCAGCAUGUCCGACUACAGUGCCCUGAUGAAAGCAGCCCAGCGCCUCCGCACGGUCACCCUGCAGCCUUUGGAAGGGGCCAGCAGUGUGGCACAGACCGGCCUGCCUUCGGCUCCCUCUCUCACCUUUGUCAAAGGGCAGUGCAUGCUCAUCUCCCGGGCCCGCUUUGAGGCAGACAUCGGCUAUUCACAAGAGUUGAUCGCACUGUUUAAACAGAUGGAUUCUAGAAAUUACGAUGUCAAGACCAGGAAGUGGAACUUUCUCUUGGAAGAGCACAAUAAACUAAUUGAAAGGGUGCGCUGCCUCCCACAAGUGCAGCUGAGUCCUCUGCCCAAGACACUCACCCUGGCCUUUGCUUCUCAGCUGGAGAAGACAUCUCUUUGUCUCACAGCAGACGCCCCUGAGGCCGACCUCUCCAGUGUGGACCCCAAGCUCGUGUCCAGUCUGCUGCCCUUCCAGAGAGCUGGAGUCAAUUUUGCCAUCGCAAAAGGAGGCCGCCUGCUGCUUGCUGAUGACAUGGGCCUGGGGAAGACCAUCCAGGCCAUCUGCAUCGCCGCCUUCUACCGGAAGGAGUGGCCGCUCCUGGUGGUGGUGCCCUCGUCUGUGCGCUUCACCUGGGAGCAGGCCUUCCUUCAGUGGCUGCCGUCUCUGAACCCAGAGCACAUCAAUGUCGUGGUGACCGGCAAGGACCGCCUGACAACUGGCUUGGUCAACAUUGUCAGUUUUGACCUCCUGAGCAAGUUGGAAAAGCAGCUAAAAACUCCUUUUAAAGUUGUCAUCAUUGAUGAGUCUCACUUCCUCAAAAACAUUAAAACAGCCCGCUGUCGCGCAGCUAUGCCCCUCCUCAAGAUGGCCAAGCGCGUGAUCUUACUGUCGGGCACGCCAGCCAUGUCGCGACCUGCAGAGCUGUACACGCAGAUCAUUGCCGUCAAGCCAACGUUCUUCCCUCAGUUUCAUGCCUUCGGACUUCGCUACUGUGAUGCCAAGCGGCACACCUGGGGAUGGGAUUAUUCCGGCUCCUCCAACCUGGGGGAGCUGAAGCUGCUGCUGGAGGAGGCGGUCAUGCUGCGGCGCCUCAAGUCCGACGUCCUCUCCCAGCUCCCGGCCAAGCAGCGCAAGAUGGUGGUGGUGGCCCCGGGCCGGAUCAGUGCCAAGGCCAGAGCGUCCCUGGAUGCCGCGGCCAAGGAGAUGACCACCACGGACAACUCUAAAGGACAGCAGAGAGAAGCCCUCAUUCUCUUCUUCCACAGAACAGCUGAAGCCAAAAUCCCGUGUGUCAUUGAAUAUAUCCUGGACCUGCUGGAAAGUGGAAGAGAGAAGUUUCUAGUGUUUGCACACCACAAGGUGGUUCUGGAUGCAAUUACUGAAGAGCUGGAGAGAAAGAAGGUGCAGCACAUCCGCAUCGAUGGCACCACCUCCUCCGCAGACCGGGAGCAGCUGUGCCAGCAGUUCCAGCUGUCCGAGAGGCACGCCGUGGCCGUGCUGUCCAUCACCGCCGCCAACAUGGGCCUCACCUUCUCCUCGGCCGACCUGGUGGUGUUCGCCGAGUUGUUUUGGAACCCAGGGGUGCUGAUGCAGGCCGAGGACCGGGUGCACCGCAUUGGACAGUCGAACUCCGUGGGCAUCCACUACCUGGUGGCGAGAGGCACGGCUGACGACUACCUCUGGCCCUUGAUCCAAGAGAAGAUUAAAGUUCUGGGUGAAGCCGGGGUUUCCGAGGCCAAUUUUUCAGAAAUGACAGAAGCCACUGAUUACAUCUACAAGGACCCAAAGCAGCUGAAGAUCUACGACCUAUUCCAGAAGUCCUUUGAGGAGGAAGGAAGCGAUAAGGAGCUCCUGGAGGCGGUGGAGGCCUUUGACCCGGGAAGUGCUUCAGGAACGUCGGGAAGUGCUUCAGGAACAUCGGGAAGUGGCUCCCAGGACCUGGGAGACUGGCUGGAUGGAGGCACAGCGACGGGCAGUCCAGAGAAGAAAAGGAGAUUUGAAUUUUUUGAUAACUGGGACAGCUUUACCUUUCCCCUAUAAGAAGGGCAAAAAAAGCAUUUAAAAAAUCAUGGAAUUCAUUAACAAAAUAUAACUUUUGUUUUUAACACCUGUGCUCCUUUUAUCAUCAUCUGGGUGCUGGUGCUGGUCUCUAGUCACAGCGAGUUUCCAGGUCAAGGGUCAGCGUUUCCUUUCCAACCUCACAAUGUGUGGGUUUAUUUGGGUCUUAAUUAACCUCAGCUUUCCUGGUCCACAUCCCCUAAAAUGUGAAAUUUUAAAAUUGAUUGACCCAAAAAAUAUUUAUAAAGCACCUACUAUGUGCCAGGCACUGUUCUGGGUGCUGGCAGUAAUUCACCGAACACGUGAGAAAGUGUACACCUUUGCAGAGGCUAUCAUAUCAAGGGAGAGGCAAUAGUUAUAUAUCCCAGGAAGAGAAAGAAGGAACUAGGCGUAGAGCAGGAGUUGAUAAGUUUUUUCUGUACAUAACCAGAUAGUAUUUUUGGCUUAAUGGGCCAGGACAUUUCUGCUGUAAGAGUGCGAAAAUAACCAUACAUAAUCUGAAACAAAUGAUUACGGCUCUUUUCCAAUAAAACUCUGGUAUGGACACUGAAAUUUGAAUUUCAUAUAAUUUUCAUGGGUCACAAAUGAUUACUCUUUUGAUUUAUUUUCAAUCACUUAAAAAUGUAAAAACCACACACAGGGCUUGCAAAAGCAGGCAGUGGACAGGGUUUGCCUUGCAGACCAUACUUUGCUAACCCCUGGUUUAGAGCAGCACUGUCCAGUAUAAUGUAAGCCACAUGUAUGAUUUUAAUAUUCUAAGCGUGUUUCAGAAAAUAAAGAAGGACCAAAUCAUUAUUUGAUUUAACCCAAUAUUGACAUUUCAAUAUAUAAUCACUGAAAUUACCUCUCUCUCCCUCCCCUGCCCCCUGUCUCAUCCCCAAGGUCCUCCAAAGCAAAUUUUAUUUAUACCAUGUAGCCUAUAUAUUUUCAGGUAAACCAUCUGAAAUGUACUUCUGAAAUUUAUUGAGAGCCAUCGGCCAUUUUGGUGUGAUUUAGUAAAGGACACUUGGAUUUAGUUAUAUGGAGACUGAAUACCUUUGGGUUUAAGGAAGGAUUUCCACACUAACUCCUUUCCUUUCUGUACUUCACAGCUCAGCCCAGACACAUACACCUCAACAGCCACUGUGUUUUCUGGAAAUGUCAAUUGAAUGAAGAAAAUUUGGGCUCAUCUCAUCCCACUCCUGCCCUGCCAUCCACUGUCCCCUGAAAGGCUUUUACUAGAGCCCCCAAACUCCCCCUCUCCUCCGCCCCAAUCCACUGGCACCAUCUCUGCCUCCCUCACCAGGGUCAUCAAGUGGAGUCUUGUUUCCUGAGUGACCGUGGUUAAUUUCUGCCUCUAGGGCCUGGUGUCAAGAAGAUCCUGUUAGCCUUGAUCCACUUGUGCUUGAAUUAAUCAUGUCUUGUCCUUCUUGGCUCUGCACAAGCCUUUUUCUAGGUCAGAGGGAGAGCUGGGAAUCAGAGCUGGAGGUGCUGUUCCCUUGCUGCUGGCCCUUGGGUUUUGCCUUAUCUGUGCAUUCUUGACUGUUGGAGCCUUGAUGCUUUAUGAAGCUCUUUUUAGGUGAAGUUAAACUGAAAAGAAGAUAAAAAGAAGUCUAACCAUAUUUUUUACUCCAUCCUCUUGCUUUUUAUCAAGUUCAGGAUGACAAGGUAAAAAAUGGCUUGGAAGCUUAAAGGGUUUCAUGGGAGCAGUCUCUCAUCCUUAUGUUUUACUUUGGUUUUGCAUUUUCCUCUGGGGUCUCAGUGAAGGAAAUGGAUUCCUAAUCAUAGCAGAAAGCAUUGAGAAGCCUGGGAGUCAGUCUUUUGGGUCUUAGGAGAGCCAACAGUUACUUGAUUUUGCAAGACCUUGCUCACAUUCAUCCCCCUAACCCAUUAAACAGAUUUUAUUGAGUACCAGGUACUUUUCCUCUGUUUCUAUUCCCCCUUUUAAGGGAUAAAAUAUAAUUACAAAACACCUUUGCAAUCAUGACCUCAAGCUUUUGAAUAUAACAGUACUAUAAUUUGUAUUGUUUGGCUUUUAAUAUUUAGAUUUACAAUCCACUUCAAGUUUAUUUUUGUACAUGGGGUGAGGUAAGGUCAAGGUUAAGUGCUUUCCAUAUGAAUAUUUAGUUAUCUUAGCACUACUUAUUAAAAAGACUUUCCCUUCUUA